CGCGCGCACUCACACACUCGCACACGCGGACCCGCCCGCCGCCUCUCGUCUCCGUGCGUAAAGCUGCGCGCACCGAAAGCGGAGGACUUGCGCCGCGUCGCUCCCGGAUAUACAAGGAUGGCAAAAAGCUCAAUGUAACUACGAGGAGGAUUUUUUUUUAAAAAAAAGGAAAAAGAAACGGGGGGAAUAAAGAUGAAACUAGUAUCAGCAGCUUCUUCCAGUUGUGUCGCGCGCGCAAAGUUGAUUCGCGGGAAGCGCCUUUGCCGCAGCCGUCACUUUCGCUAAGGCGCCUUUCCCGUCGAGCCGCGAUGAGGCUCGCGCUGACGCGAUCACCUUAAUUGAUCCGCGAUUAACGGCCGUGCUCCUCGUUUGCUCCGACCCUGGAUGUGGUCAUCGGGCAUCAUGCUGGCGGAGACGGAGCUCCUGUGAACGCGGCACGCGCUCCGACGCGCGCCUUCCGAGCAUCCCGUGGAAUUGUCGCGCGCCCUGGGGACGCCGCUCCGUGUGACACGCGCAGGAUUGACGGGCAGCGCGGGCACGACCCCGUGGAGGGGGGGGGGUGACCAGGUCCAGAGAUGCGUUCUGGGGAGAUGAUCUGCCUGCUGCUCGUGGCGGUCACCGCCGCCGAUCCCGGCCAGAGUAACCAAGUGGUGCUGCUCGAUACCACUGCUGUGCUGGGAGAGCUGGGCUGGAAGACGUAUCCCGUCAACGGGUGGGAUGCCAUCACAGAGAUGGAUGAGCACAACCGGCCCAUCCACACUUUCCAGGUGUGCCACGUGAUGGAGCCCAACCAGAACAAUUGGCUUCGCUCCAACUGGAUCUCCCGCGAGGCAGCCCAGAAAGUGUAUGUGGAGCUGCGUUUCACCCUCCGCGACUGCAACAGCAUCCCCUGGGUGUCGGGCACCUGCAAGGAGACCUUCAACCUCUUCUAUAUGGAGACGGAUGAGCCGCACGGUGCCAAGUUCAAGCCGGGGCAGUACACCAAGAUCGACACCAUCGCGGCCGACGAGAGCUUCACGCAGAUGGAUCUGGGAGACCGAAUCCUCAAACUCAACACGGAGGUCCGAGAGGUGGGGCCCAUCAGCAGGAAGGGCUUCUACCUAGCCUUCCAAGACAUAGGGGCCUGCAUUGCUCUGGUGUCCGUGCGCGUCUACUACAAGAAGUGCCCCUUCACUUUCCGCAACCUGGCCACAUUCCCAGACACCAUCCCCCGUGUGGACUCCUCCUCUCUGGUGGAGGUGCGAGGGGCGUGCAUCCCAAAUGCUGAGGAGAGGGACACGCCUAAGCUGUACUGCGGAGCCGACGGCGAUUGGCUGGUGCCCCUGGGGAAGUGUGUUUGCAGCAUGGGCCACGAGGAGCUGGACGGUACCUGUCUCCCCUGUAGGCCCGGGUUCUACAAAGCAUUCACAGGGAAUAUCAAGUGCUCCAAGUGCCCCCCUCACAGCUUCAGCCAUGAGGAAGGCGCCUCCCUCUGCCACUGCGAGGCGGGAUUCUUCAGGGCUGAGAAGGACCCGCCCACCAUGGCCUGCACUCGGCCCCCAUCCCCCCCUCGCAAUGUGAUGUUCAACCUGAACGAGACGUCGCUUUUCCUGGAGUGGAGCCCGCCCAGCGACACGGGGGGCAGGAAGGACGUCACAUACAGCGUGCAGUGCAAGCUCUGCGGCGCCGACCCGGAAAACUGCCAGCUGUGUGGGGACGACCUGCGCUUUGUCCCCCGGCCCCGGGGGCUCACCGACUCCUCCGUCACUGUGCUGGACUUCUCCGCCCACGCCAACUACACCUUCGAGAUAGAGUCCCACAAUGGGGUGUCGGCACUGAGCCCCUCGCCCCGACCUGUGGCUGCCAUCACUGUCAGUGCAGACCAGGCUGGACCCGCCGUGGUGGGCAUGAUUCGAAAGGACUGGGCCUCCCAAAACAGCAUCGCCCUCUCCUGGCCGGAGCCGGAACAGCCCGCCCUGCCUGUGCUGGACUACGAGAUCAAGUACUAUGAGAAGGAGCAGGAGCAGCUGAGCUACUCCUCCACCCGCAGCAAGGCUCCCAGCGUCAUCAUCACUGGGCUGCGUCCCUCCACCCACUACGUCUUCUACAUCCGCGCCCGCACCGCCACCGGAUACAGCAGCUACAGCCCCAAGUUUGAGUACGAGACAGGAGACGAGGCCUCCGACAUCGCGGCGGACCAAGGCCAGGUGCUGGUCAUCGUCACGGCAGCAGCGGGCGGCUUCACCCUUCUGGUCAUCCUCACCCUCUUCUUCCUCAUCACAGGACGGUGCCAGUGGUACAUCAAAGCCAAGAUGAAGUCCGAGGAGAAGAGGAGGACUCACUACCAAAACGGCCACGUUCCUUUCCCAGGUAUAAAGACAUACAUCGACCCGGACACCUACGAGGACCCCACGCAGGCAGUGCAUGAGUUCGCCAAGGAGAUCGACCCAUCCCGCAUCCGAAUCGAGAGGGUCAUUGGUGCAGGUGAAUUUGGGGAGGUCUGCAGCGGGCGGCUUCGAACCCCUGGGAAGAGAGAGAUCCCCGUGGCCAUCAAGACUUUGAAGGGCGGCUAUGUGGAGCGGCAGAGGCGGGACUUCCUGCGGGAGGCGAGCAUCAUGGGGCAGUUUGACCACCCGAACAUCAUCAGGCUGGAAGGAGUGGUCACCAAAAGUCGACCUGUCAUGAUCGUGGUGGAAUACAUGGAAAACGGAUCUCUGGACUCCUUUCUGAGGAAGCACGACGGGCAUUUCACGGUGAUCCAGCUGGUGGGCAUGCUGCGUGGCAUCGCCUCGGGCAUGAGGUACCUCUCCGACAUGGGCUACGUGCACCGCGACCUGGCCGCCCGUAACAUCCUGGUCAACAGCAACCUGGUGUGCAAGGUGUCCGACUUCGGGCUGUCGCGGGUGCUGGAGGACGACCCGGAGGCCGCGUACACCACCAGUGGCGGAAAGAUCCCCAUUCGCUGGACGGCGCCCGAAGCCAUCGCCUACAGGAAGUUCUCCUCAGCCAGCGACGCCUGGAGCUACGGCAUCGUCAUGUGGGAGGUGAUGUCCUACGGAGAGCGUCCCUACUGGGAGAUGUCCAAUCAGGAUGUUAUCCUGUCCAUCGAGGAGGGCUACCGCCUGCCGGCACCCAUGGGAUGCCCCGUGGCACUGCACCAGCUCAUGCUGCACUGCUGGCAGAAGGAGAGAAACCACCGCCCCAAGUUCGCCGACAUCGUGGGCUUCCUGGACAAACUGAUCCGCAAUCCCAGCAGCCUUCUGACACUGGUGGAGGACAUCCAGGGUUUACCAGAAUCUCCGGGGGAUGAAAAUGAUUAUCCUCUGUUUAUCUCAGUUGGCGAUUGGCUGGACUCUAUCAAAAUGAGCCAAUACAAGAACAAUUUCCUGGCUGCUGGCUUCACAACACUGGACUCCAUCUCCAGAAUGAGCAUUGAGGAUGUCCGGCAGAUCGGAGUGACGCUCAUCGGACACCAGCGGCGGAUAGUGAGCAGUAUACAGACGCUUCGGCUCCAGUUGCUCCACGUCCAGGAAAAGGGGUUCCACGUAUGAGGCUGCGCCCGGGCGGCCAGAGACUGCGCCUCGGCUGCCUCGCACACCUCGCCCGCCUCGCCGCCGCCUCGCCGCAAAGCCAACAUCCCGCCCUCAGCGCAAGACCCCUGACCCCACCCCUACCCUUCGGACAGAACGCCGGCUUCCUUCAACCCAGCAAGCAAGCAAUCCGAAUAACCAAGAUCUUUCCGAAGAACAGCUUCAGACUCAGCCAGACUGAGGACGGAGGACGCGGGGGCUUCGCGCCGCGGUUUCCCGAAAGGGCCGCGAGUCGCUGCGGCAGCCCUUCUUCGUGCGGCAGCAGUACUGGACCAGUAUUUAGAGACGUGUGGUAGAUUCGGGGAUGUGACCCACAGAUUUUUCUCCAUGUUUUGUGACCAUGUAGCUGCUAUCAGAUGUGCAAUCAAAGGACUGUCCUUACUAUAUUUAUGAUUUCACAGUUUGAUAAGUAAAUGUCAUAAAGUGUUCUCGUUAAUUUAUUGAACUUCUUCCCAGAAUAUAACGGUAUGCUGAUACUUGAAGAUUACGAACAGCCAAUUUUGGAGUUUGAAUCGAUGAAUGUUAAACUUUUACAUGUAUAAUCCAUUUACUGAUUAUUAUCUUAACCUGAUAUUUAUAUAUGUGAUGUCCUAUCUGUGAAAGCCCUAGUAAAUUUGGAUUACAUUUCCUUAGCUAUUUAAGUACACCUUUCCUUAACAUAGCAAUAUAUGCAGUUGUUUUCCAAACCAAGAAGAGAUGCAGAAAAAAGUGUACUCUGUCUUACUGAACAAUUAACAAUUACUCAACAAUGUCCACCUCAAGCAAUUCUGCUAAAAGACAUGUAUGCUAUGACAAUGCAGUUGUAAAGAGCUGAAAAAACGUUUUAGAUUUUAGGCUACACGGCUACUGGUCUACUUGCUUUGGGCCUAAUAAUUGUUGUGAGAAUGAAACCGUGUUCUCUGUUUACCCUUCAUCACCCCAACCCUGGUAGAGUCCUAUUUGACACGUGUAUCAAAUGUGGAACUUUCCAGAACUGGGAAACGCUAACGAAUGAAUCAGUCCACCCAUUCCAUCAUAAUAAUAUUCGGUACUACGGGCUUCAAUAUGCAGGUCACGAAGAAAUGCAUUGUCUCCUUCAGAUCCUCAGUAAAUGUUGGGUGAGGGAGGACCUUUUUACCACGGCAAACAAAGUAACUCUGGGACAUUUUCUUCAGUUGAACGGUACGAUGAUAAUUUUCACAUACACAAAGGCAAGCAGCACCCUUAUCCAUAUCUCUUACUAGGAGAAGAACACACACCUUCUGGACGAUGGGAACACUCGAGCAUCGAUGAGGCACGGCAGGUGCUUGCAGUGUGAUCACCGAGGUUUCUCACACAGGACGGGCAGAAGCAGUGGAGGUGGAGAAUCGCUGUUUAGCACACGGUACCUGCUGAGCAAUGGGAGGCAACUUCUUUUGUACAAAGUACAAGUACUUAUAACUCUUGUAUUUUAUUUUUCUAUAAUUUCCAAAGAGGCAUUGCCAGGUCUUACAGACCAUAUGCGCCCAUUUAUGAAAAUAUUGAUUUGCAAAUAAAAGUUAAC